GUGGGUUGUCCGGUGACUCUAUCUCUCGCUGUUCUCUCUCUCCAUCUCUUCUCACACGCUCCAUUUCUGUACGCGGAACGAGAUACUUCGCGUGUAAGCCCGCCAGAAUGGCGAGUUUCCUUUUCACCUCGGAGUCCGUGAAUGAGGGGCACCCGGACAAGCUGUGCGACCAGGUGUCCGACGCGAUCUUGGACGCCUGCCUUGCGGAAGAUCCCGACAGCAAGGUGGCAUGUGAGACGUGCACGAAGACGGGAAUGGUUAUGGUGUUCGGCGAGAUUACCACGAGGGCGAGCGUAGAUUAUGAGGAGAUCGUGAGGGAGACAUGCCGCGGCAUUGGCUUCAUCUCUGAGGAGGUGGGGUUGAACUGCGACACGUGCAAGGUUCUGGUGCACAUCGAGGAGCAGAGUCCUGAUAUCGGCCAGGGAGUGCACGGUAUGGGCACGAAGAGGCCCGAGGAGAUCGGCGCAGGCGACCAGGGAAUCAUGUUCGGUUAUGCAACCGACGAGACACCGGAGUUUAUGCCCCUGACUCACGUGCUGGCCACCAAGAUCGGCGCCAGGCUGACGGAGGUCCGAAAGAACGGGGCCGUCAAGUGGCUGAGACCCGACGGCAAGACGCAGGUGACCGUCGAGUACAAGAAGGACGAGAGCGGCGCCCUCGAUCCCGUCCGCGUUCACACCAUUCUGAUCUCGACACAGCACGACGAGUCGGUUUCCAACGACCAGAUCGCGGCCGAUCUUCGCGAGCACGUCAUCAAGCCCGUCGUUCCCGCCAAGUACCUCGAUGUGGACACCAUUUUCCAUCUCAACCCGUCGGGGCGAUUCGUGAUCGGCGGACCGCACGGGGACGCUGGGCUGACGGGCAGGAAGAUCAUCAUCGACACCUACGGGGGGUGGGGUGCCCACGGCGGAGGAGCUUUCAGCGGCAAGGACCCGACGAAGGUGGACAGGAGCGGGGCGUACAUCGUGCGUCAGGCGGCGAAGAGCGUCGUGGCUGCGGGGCUCGCUCGCCGCUGCCUGGUGCAGGUUUCUUACGCCAUCGGUGUCGCCGAGCCCCUGUCCGUCUUCGUGGACACGUACGGGAGCGGGAGGGUGUCGGAGCAGGAGAUCCUGGAGAUAAUCAAGGAGAACUUCGACUUCAGACCGGGAAUGAUCAUUCAAGCUCUCGAUUUGAAUCGCGGAGGCAACAAGAGGUUCCAGAAGACGGCGGCGUACGGACACUUCGGCCGCGACGACCCCGAUUUCACCUGGGAGACCGUCAAGGUGCUCAUGAGGGACGGGAAGCACGUCAAGAUUACCGCUGCUGCGUAAUUUUGAUUGAUUGACUGGGGUCAAAAUGCUAACGAGGAACGGGAAGCCCGUCAAGAUGGUCCUUGAUUUGUUGAUUCCUCUGUUGUUGAUUGAGUCGAUGCGUUGUUGUUUAUACGAUUGAUAUGAUUGAUAAGAUCAUAUGAUUGAUUGCUUUAUUAAGUUGUUGUUUUACUGAUUUAUUUAUUUCGCAAUUUAUUUAUUGAUUGAUUGAUUGAUUGAUUAGUUAGUUUACAUCACGUCUAAUGCAAAUUUGUUUUGUACCUUCGUGAAAACAUUGUCGGUUGCCUGUCAUCCAACCGACGAGAUGGUCGAAUUAAAAAAAUAAAUAAACAUGUCGGUUCAGU